AUGCGGCCUCGGGAUACAAAGGAGCGCCGCCUGAGGAACAGAGAUGAAGAAGAUGAAUUGAAUGACAGGUUAGCAAUAGAGUUGCCUGGGUCGGGUGAAAAGUGGGUACCGCCUGUGUGUUAUUGCGAGACCCCAAAGGGAGCGGUGAAAGCCACCUUGCCGGAGAAUGGAAGCAUUGAGACAGUCUACUCAUUUUUCGAGCUACCAAUAUCAAUGAGAACUCUAGAAGGAUUGUCGAGAUACAACACUAUGACCAAGAUCCAGUUUUUGACGAUACCUCACAUCCUUGCUGGACGAGAUGUGAUUGGAGAGGCUGCAACAGGAGGUGGGAAAACAUUGUGCUUUGUUAUUCCUAUUUUGGAAGGUAUGGUCCGUGAGACUUGGGAUAAGGCAGACGGUUUAUAUGCUAUGAUUAUCACCCCUACUAGGGAGCUAGCGAUGCAAAUAUUUGACGUGAUUGCUACUUUUAAAAGGCAUGAUGGGGUAUCGGCAAUGUGCGUGUUUGGAGGCAAACAUAUCAGUAAAGAACAGAAUCGUAUCGGCUCUGUCGGAAUCCUGAUAGGAACUCCAGGACGAAUAUUAUGCCAUUUGGACGAAAGCCAUUUGCUUCGGGUUCAGAAUGUCAAAUUUUUGGUCUUGGAUGAGGCGGACAAGCUUAUAGAAAUGGGGUUCUCGGAAACGACUCAGAAGAUUCUGGAAGCCCUGCCAAGCAAAACGGAGCGCCAGAAUCUGUUCUUCUCGGCUACUAUGCGCGGUGCAGUUAGGGUUCUAGGUCAGAAGUUUUGUAGAGAAGGAGAAACAGAAAUGAUAACUGAGAAUUUCGAAGGCAAACUUGGCACGAGCACUUUAAAGGCCAAGAAUCUGUCCCAUUGUUAUGUUAAGGUGCCCUUCCAGGAAAAGGUCAAUGUACUGGCAUCCUUGCUUACCCGAGAAUUCAAACAGAAAAUUUUGGUCUUCUGCAGCACCAUCAAGCAGGUACGCUUCCUGUAUGAGACCCUGCGGGCGAUCAAGACGGGUGCACGUAUUAUCGAACUACACGGAGGACAAGACCAAGGCAAACGACUGGCAAUGUACGAGGAAUUUUCGCAAAGACAAGCUGCAAUGACACUCAUCACUACAGACUUACUCGGAAGAGGUCUGGACUUUGCUGGAGUGAAUUACGUCAUCCAGUUCGAUUGCCCGCCGGACUUAGAGACGUACACUCACAGAGCGGGCCGAACUGCCAGAGGCCUUAGCAACUCCGGUAAGUCUAUCCUCUUCGUGGCCCCUUCGGAGGUAGAGGUUAUUCGCCGGAUUACCUUAAGCGGUAUACAACUUGAAGAAAUACUCGUGAACAAACAAUUCGCCAAAGAUAUCAAACCACUACUCAGGACCCACUGCGCCAGAGAUGACGCCAUCAAGCACCUCGCCAUCAAGGCUUUCCAGUCCUAUAUCAAGGCCUACUCAAUCAUGAAGAACAAAAGAAUCUUCAACCUCAAGGCCCUACUCAGCGCCAGGUCCGCACUCGCCGCAAGCCUCGGACUCAUCUCCACUCCACCCCUUCCCAACGGUGUAGAACUCCAGGACAGCGACUCCGACGAAACCACCGACCAUGACUCCGACACAGACCGACUCUCCGGUGGCGUCCAACCCCAGGCGCCCAAAACCAAAAACAAGACGAAGCUCGAAAGACUCAAGGAGAAAGUUGCCGCGAAGAAGCAAAAAGCAAAAGACGAGACCACCGGCGAAGACCAUCUCUCCUCAGACGAGGAGGGAAAACGGCCGAAACUCACUAGACGCGAGAAAAGGCGACAUAAACUGCAAGAGCUCAGGGAAAUGGGCACUGAAGAGCUCAUGAAAGACGUCGGGGAGAAACUGAUCGUCGCAGAACCACUCGUCCUGCCAGCUGAGCCCCAAGGGGACUGGCGGGACUCCGCCCGCGUCCAACAGGCGUUAAAGAAGAAGCGCCUCGUCAUUCGAGCCGACGGCACGGCUAAACUAAAGGGUGCUGGCCCAAUCCAAACCGAGCACAAAUACUUCCCCAGCGACGACGACGAAAAGCCAGUCGACAUGAAUACCUUCGAAGGCGUCGUCUCGAUGAUGCAAGCCGAUCAAGACACCGAAACCCGCGAGGAACGUCUGAAGCGGCUGCGAUACAAGCUGGAGACCGACAAGAAACAGAAGCUGGAGGAAAAGCACAAGCGCAGACGCACCGCCAAAGAAAACGCAGCCCAAGACGACUUGGUCGCCGAAGACGAACUCGAAGCGCAGUUGGCUGCGGAAUUCGGCAUAUAA